AUGGCCAACUGCUAUUUCUUGGAGGAGGCGAGCGCGAUGCCGAGGCCGACGAGGCCUGCUAUGGCGACGAGUGUAGCACUAUAUACUCACAGCAUGGCUAACUGCUAUUUCUUGGAGGCGAGCGCGAUGCCGAGGCCGACGAGGCCUGCUAUGGCGACGAGUGUAGCACUAUAUACUCACAGCAUGGCUAACUGCUAUUUCUUGGAGGCGAGCGCGAUGCCGAGGCCGACGAGGCCUGCUAUGGCGACGAGUGUAGCACUAUAUACUCACAGCAUGGCUAACUGCUAUUUCUUGGAGGCGAGCGCGAUGCCGAGGCCGACGAGGCCUGCUAUGGCGACGAGUGUAGCACUAUAUACUCACAGCAUGGCUAACUGCUAUUUCUUGGAGGCGAGCGCGAUGCCGAGGCCGACGAGGCCUGCUAUGGCGACGAGUGUAGCACUAUAUACUCACAGCAUGGCUAACUGCUAUUUCUUGGAGGCGAGCGCGAUGCCGAGGCCGACGAGGCCUGCUAUGGCGACGAGUGUAGCACUAUAUACUCACAGCAUGGCUAACUGCUAUUUCUUGGAGGCGAGCGCGAUGCCGAGGCCGACGAGGCCUGCUAUGGCGACGAGUGUAGCACUAUAUACUCACAGCAUGGCUAACUGCUAUUUCUUGGAGGCGAGCGCGAUGCCGAGGCCGACGAGGCCUGCUAUGGCGACGAGUGUAGCACUAUAUACUCACAGCAUGGCUAACUGCUAUUUCUUGGAGGCGAGCGCGAUGCCGAGGCCGACGAGGCCUGCUAUGGCGACGAGUGUAGCACUAUAUACUCACAGCAUGGCUAACUGCUAUUUCUUGGAGGCGAGCGCGAUGCCGAGGCCGACGAGGCCUGCUAUGGCGACGAGUGUAGCACUAUAUACUCACAGCAUGGCUAACUGCUAUUUCUUGGAGGCGAGCGCGAUGCCGAGGCCGACGAGGCCUGCUAUGGCGACGAGUGUAGCACUAUAUACUCACAGCAUGGCUAACUGCUAUUUCUUGGAGGCGAGCGCGAUGCCGAGGCCGACGAGGCCUGCUAUGGCGACGAGUGUAGCACUAUAUACUCACAGCAUGGCUAACUGCUAUUUCUUGGAGGCGAGCGCGAUGCCGAGGCCGACGAGGCCUGCUAUGGCGACGAGUGUAGCACUAUAUACUCACAGCAUGGCUAACUGCUAUUUCUUGGAGGCGAGCGCGAUGCCGAGGCCGACGAGGCCUGCUAUGGCGACGAGUGUAGCACUAUAUACUCACAGCAUGGCUAACUGCUAUUUCUUGGAGGCGAGCGCGAUGCCGAGGCCGACGAGGCCUGCUAUGGCGACGAGUGUAGCACUAUAUACUCACAGCAUGGCUAACUGCUAUUUCUUGGAGGCGAGCGCGAUGCCGAGGCCGACGAGGCCUGCUAUGGCGACGAGUGUAGCACUAUAUACUCACAGCAUGGCUAACUGCUAUUUCUUGGAGGCGAGCGCGAUGCCGAGGCCGACGAGGCCUGCUAUGGCGACGAGUGUAGCACUAUAUACUCACAGCAUGGCUAACUGCUAUUACUUGGAGGCGAGCGCGAUGCCGAGGCCGACGAGGCCUGCUAUGGCGACGAGUGUAGCACUAUAUACUCACAGCAUGGCUAACUGCUAUUUCUUGGAGGCGAGCGCGAUGCCGAGGCCGACGAGGCCUGCUAUGGCGACGAGUGUAGCACUAUAUACUCACAGCAUGGCUAACUGCUAUUUCUUGGAGGCGAGCGCGAUGCCGAGGCCGACGAGGCCUGCUAUGGCGACGAGCGAGCGCGAUGCCGAGGCCGACGAGGCCUGCUAUGGCGACGAGUGUAGCACUAUAUACUCACAGCAUGGCUAA